GUUAUCUCUUAUCAUUACCCGUCCCAUUAAACAGAUCCAGUUCCAACUCCUAUCUCGUCAUACAUAUCUACUGAUCCACUGGCCGUCGAGUCUCUUUACCAGUCCAAGAUUCACAACACUUACGAUAAUCUGAAAUUGAAUUUUAUCGCACUCGUUAAACGUGGAUAUAAAUUGAGCUUAUCGCUAAACACGGAUAACAGUGAAGUUGAUGAGCCCUGGAAUCCUGAUGUUAGUCAAAAAAUUCUGUCUGUUUCCUUUUCUUCAUUAAGUUUGAAAGCUGAAUAUUUAUCUGAUGAUACUAAACUAAAUGGAUAUGAAACACUAUUAAUGGAUGAAGCUUGUGCCGCUUUUAAGGGUGAGAAAUGCAUGAAUUUGCUUGCAAAUUUAAAUGACAGGAGGCGAGCGAAAGCAAGUCCAGAUAAGCUCAUUGCAAUAUGUAAUGGUAUCAAAAGCUUCAGAAAAAUCGAGACCAGCGAUAAAAUAACUCUUUUAUCCAACAUAUAUUAUCAUCUUCACGCAAUGGACGGUAUUGUUAACUAUGAUCCGACAAUUGACGGCUGGGAUGCUCCAGCAUCUGAUUUCAAAUUUGAUCGACGUGAUGCAUUUCUCUUUAAUCCAUUCGCACACGAUGCCGUUGUUCAUGUAAUCGAAACCUUUCCCGAUCAAUUUAGAAAUGAUAUAAAUGUCAUUAUUCUCAUGUAUCUAAUCAUUAUUUUCAAUGGCGACAUAUCUGGAUUGAAACAUCCCGAAAUAAUCAGACAUGAACAAUUCUCGUAUAUUUAUUUACUUCGACGUUAUUUGGGGACAAUUUUCGAAUCUGAUUAUGAAGCCUCGGACAAUCAUUACAGGUUGAUGGUUAAAAUUGAACAGUUGAGACUUUUAACUGCAAAAGCCAAGAAGGGGUUAUUUUUGCUACUAAAUGAGGCGAUAGAGGAAACCAUUUCAAAAGCAAUUACAGAAACAAAUAUGCCAUCAAUAUUUUGAAGUGCUAGAAGAGGUUAUCUUUAUAAGUCUCCUUCUAUCUGGUUGACUUUUUACUUCCGCUUACAUUUUCUUUUCAAGAAAUCAAAAAUAGAUAAAAGUCUGGGAGGGAAAAUCGUUCUAAUUUCAACGCCACAGUCACUU